GUCGUUGGUUGUCGUCGGUCGUCGUCGUCGUCGGUGGUGUAUAAGUGUGUAUGAUUUCUCUCUCCCUCUCUCUCGCGCAAAGUAAAGAGAACGAUCGUCAUCGGGAAAAACACCAUCCAGCGCAGAGAUCAUCAUUAUAAUUUGUGUUAGUGUUCGAGAGACACAAGUAUCAACAAGGACAAUGCCACCAGCCGUCGAUUUUACCUGAUAGUACAAGAGAUUGAUUUUCUCUUACUCGCUAGUUUCUUUUUUGUUUUUUUGUUUUUUUGUUUUUUUUUUUGUUUUUUCAAAAGAAAAAGACAAGUUUUUUUUAUCAGUGCUGUGACAAGAGAAAGACGAACAGGCAGGCAGAAAAAGAGGAAAGAAGACAUUGUCGUACGCUGUAUUUAGCGGAGUAUACAGAACUUGUUGAGAUAAAGGACUGCGUGUUUUCGCAAAAAACUACUGUUUUCAUGACUCGCCUUUCAAGUCCUUAUCGCUAUCCACCUUCUCCUCUUCCUCCUUCAGCUCGCCAACUCCUGCUCCUUUCUAGUAGUAGCCAGGCGAGAUGUUCUCCUCGCCGACCUCCCAAGUGGGUGAGACUUGCGGCUACGACUUCGACAAGGAGGAAAAUGUUGCCAAGUGGAAAGGUGUCUUUGUCAAUUCUCUCAGAAAGGUGCUAGAACAAGUACAUCCAAGUCUAGAGGCCAGACAAGAUGCAUUGGAUUAUGUCGAGAGUUUAAUUCUAAGGAUGCUUGGCAUGUUAUGCGGUCAUCCAUCUCCUCAUAAACCGCAAGAUGUGGAAGAAAGAGUUAGACGCACAUUCCCAACACCCAUCGAUAGAUGGGCACUAAAAGAUGCCAGAGAAGCACUAGAGAAAGGCAAAAAGAAGUCUCCACUUGUUUUGCCAGUUGAUAAAAUUCAUCAGCUUUUGCAAAAAGAGGUUCUGCAGACAAAAAUUGAUUGGCAAGUUAGUCAGUUUAUCGUAGGUGUUUUGGAGUAUAUUUCAGCUGAUAUUUUGAAGCUUGCUGGUAAUUAUGUUAAAAAUAUUCGCCACAUAGAAAUCUCUUAUGAAGACAUUAGAAUUGCAAUGUGCGCUGACUUGGUUUUAAUGGAUAUGUUUCAUCAAGACGAUGGUGUUGAGGGUCCCCAGACUGGUCUGGGGACUGUAGUGUCACAAACUUAUGAAGAGUCUGUUCGUGAUCUCAUUCAAGACGAGAGACACUAUUUAAGGGAUUUGCACAUGAUCAUUAAAGUGUUUAGAGAAGAAAUAGCGAAACUAACUACUGAUCGUGCAGAGUUUGAAUCGCUCUUCAGUAAUAUUAUGGACAUUUAUGAAACUACUGUUAAUUUGCUUGGUAGUUUAGAGGAUGUAAUGGAAAUUACUGAAGAAAAGCAAACGCCCACUGUAGGCUCGUGUUUUGAAGAACUCGCUGAGGCAGAAGAAUUUGAAGCAUACACAAAGUAUGCACGUGAUAUAAACAGCCCAGCCUGUCGAGAAGUUUUGACAAAACUGUUGUCUAGACCGGAGGCUAACGCAGCUUUACGCGCGGCUGGUCAUGGUUUUAAGGAGGCUGUCAAAUAUUAUUUGCCAAAGCUUUUAAUGCAGCCUGUGUGGCAUUGUUUUUUGUAUUUCGACUAUAUAAAGGUAUUGCUAAAGCGCACGCCAAGCACAGAAGAUCGAGAGACUCUGGAGCAAGUUCAAGGUCUGCUGCGACCUAUACAGCUAAAUCUACAAGAAAUUCUAGAGAACAACAAAGUGAAACGCGACAGUGGCCUACGAAUGCAGAGUCGUGCUCGAAGGCAAGCUGCUCUUGAGAAAACAAGCGAGUUACAGAAGACUGUCGAUGGAUGGGACCAAAAGGAUGUUGGACAGUGUUGUAACGAAUUUAUUAGAGAGGACUUUCUUAACAAAGUAAAUCGAAACGGUCGCAUGAAUACAGAAAGGCGAGCAUUGCUUUUUGAUGGUCUACUGAUAUUGUGUAAAUCAGGCAAAAGGGUAAGCGUUAGCGUCACCGGAGUGAGUAACUCAGUGCAUCACCAGUGCGAUUUAAGACUGAAAGAACGCUUCUUUAUUCGAAAAGUUGACAUCAUCGAUCGAGAAGAUACAGAAGAAUUGAAGAACGCUUUUGAGAUAGCACCGAGGGAUCAUCCGAACGUCAUUCUCGUAGCAAAGUCAGUGGAAGAUAAAAACAGUUGGAUGGCCGACCUUGUGAUGCUCAACACUAAAAGUAUGCUGGAACGCACACUUGAUAGUAUUCUGUUGGACGAGGAAAGGAAGCAUCCACUCAAGUUGCCUCCGCCACAAAUGUACAAGUUCGCCGAGCAAGAUAGUUCGGAAAAUAUCGUUGUGGAAGCUCGUGAAAAUGGUGGUGUACCGCUUAUUAAAGGAGCUACGCUGGUUAAGCUUGUUGAGAGGCUGACUUACCAUAUUUAUGCAGAUCCUGCGUUUCUUCGCACUUUCUUGAUAACUUACAGGAGUUUCUGUUCACCACAAGACUUGCUUAGUCUUUUAAUUGAGCGUUUUAAGGUACCCGAUCCAACGAGAGUUUACGACGACGAAGAACGGCCAUCGCGGGAAAGUUGCAAGCCUAUUCCUCGCGAGGAUUUCAAGCGUUAUCGUAAAGAAUUUUCGCAACCUGUACAAUUCCGCGUUCUCAACGUGCUUAGGCAUUGGGUAGACCAUCACUUUUACGAUUACGAGAGAGACAUGAGUUUGCUCGAAAAGCUGCUCGAGUUUCUCAGUUUCGUCAACGAAACUUGCAAAUCUAUGAGGAAGUGGGUCGAUUCGGUCGAGAAAAUUGUACAAAGAAGAAAGAGUGAACCCAUGGAGUCGAGGCCUAUAACUUUUAGUUUCGAAAGAUCGCCACCACCUAUUGAAUGGCAUCUUAAAGUCCCCGAAGAGGAAUGGGGCAUUUUAACGUUGCACCCUAUCGAAUUAGCAAGACAACUGACGUUAUUUGAAUUUGAAUUGUACAGAAACGUCAAGCCUUCCGAAUUAGUAGGUUUAGUUUGGACCAAAAAAGACAAGGAAAAGAGGUCGCCUAAUCUUUUAAAGAUGAUUAAACACACAACAGAUUUUACUAGAUGGGUGGAAAAGACAAUUGUUGAGGCAGAAAAUUUUGAGGAAAGAGUCGCGAUAGUUUCUCGAGCAAUUGAAAUUAUGAUGGUACUACAAGACCUGAAUAAUUUUAACGGGGUUUUGGCUAUAGUUAGUGCCAUGAAUUCCGCUUCAGUGCAUCGAUUAAACUUAACGAAGCAGCAAAUAUCCGCGCGACUUGACAAAGCUUUGUCGGACGCUUGCGAAUUAAACGCCGAUCAUUUUCGCAAAUACCAGGAGAAGCUGCGUUCGAUCAAUCCUCCAUGUGUGCCAUUUUUUGGCAUGUACCUGACAAACAUUGUGCACAUCGAGGAGGGUAACCCAGAUUUCUUACCCGAUGGUACACUUAUUAACUUUAGUAAGAGGCGAAAGGUUGCCGAAAUUAUCGGUGAAAUUCAACAGUAUCAAAAUCAGCCAUACUGUUUAUCGAUUGAGCCGAGAAUUCGACGAUUCAUUGAAAAUCUUUGCCCCUUCGAUCCUGAAAUGUCCGAUACGGAAAUUAGGGAUUAUCUGUAUAAUAAAAGUACGGAUAUCGAGCCUAGGGGAUGUAAGCAACCGACUAAAGCGCCUCGUAGAUGGCCCGACCUUAACUUAAAAUCACCGGGUAUAAAAGCGCGAAGUUUGAGUGGAAAGUUACCAGCGCCAUUGCAAGCGGUUGCGUCAAGCGUGAGAUUGCAUGAUCCACCAUCAAUGACCCAAGAGAUACCCGUGAGAGAAGCACCGUCAGAUUUACCUGAAACACCGCCACAUGGUUCGUCAUUCUCGUCGACUACCAGUGAUCACAGUGUUUUUGCGCCUGUUCUUCUUGGAAGCCUAAACAUCCAUUCCCCAGGCUCUCCAGUGCCAUCGCUGAGUAUGUCAUCGUUGUCGCUCGGUUCACCAGGCAACAGUCCACAAUUAGGUUCACCAGGUCAUUUACCAACAGCACAUCAUCAACAAUCAUCGUCGUUUGGAUCGACACACUUUGGUUUUAAUUCUGGAACAAUUGGUACUUUGGCUUGCCUCACUUCGUCGUCGUCACUUGCUGGCAGCCCAAAUUCAAUACCACCACCGUCGCCAAGUCACGCACCGCCAUUUGGUCAACCGCCACCACCUCUGCCACCGAGAUCACAUCGGAGGCGAGAGAGUGUGCUGAGUGAAUCACCGCAACAGGCUCGACAAGCACCAAACGCACCGAUGUUACCGCCCCGCGAGGGUGUAUCACCACCGCCUUUGCCACCCCGACGUGAAUUGCUCUCGUCGACUUUGCCUCCACGUUUUCCAGCUAACUUAAAUACCAGCAGUUCGUCACUGCUAGUAAGGCGCAAUUCAUCUCUAGAAAAUUCUAUACCUAUAAAUACUGGUGGACAUUCAAGGCGGCAUAUGUCUUUCAAUGGCCCGAGUCCAACUGCACUACCACCCAGUCAGCCUCCUAAUGGAUCAGUGACACCAAGAUUACCACCAAAGCCACAAAUACCCGGUCGCUCGUCCAGUACAAUGUUCAACUUUAGUGCUCCACCACCACCAGGUUCGAGCUAAUCUUCACGAUACGUAGAGAGGGAGACUGUCUGCCUGAUGC